AAACUUCAUAAUUGUCUAAAACUAUUUAAUACUGCAACAGAAAUUCUUUCAAAGUCUAACUAUCUAACAAUUGCCAAUUUAUAUCUUAUUAUUUCAGAUUUAUUCAAUCAUCUUAAUGCCUUUGAUAAAGUGAGUAAAAUUACUGCUUUUUUUAAUCCAUAUUUUAAACAAAUUGUUUAUUUAGAAAAUUUAGCAAAUGAAAUUUUGGCUUUAAUCUAUGCAAAUCUACUAGUAAACUCUGAUUCUAUAGUUCAACCUUUACAUAUCUCAAA